CACAACCGGUGUUGUGUUAUUGAAGUUCGAAAACAAAUCAAAACAGAUCUAGAUCUAGAGAUCUACUAAACUUACUUAAUAAUUCUUCACUUUGGUAAACUAGUACCGACCUGUCAAUGGGAAAUGUUGAAGCCCAUGACUUUGCUCCAGUCAGGGAUGAUGAGAGGAAAAUUCUCAACCUCAGCAGAAAAGUGUCUCCAAAACAGUAUGUAAAGCAUCUGCAAGGAGAGUUCCAUGAAGCUUGUCUUAUGGAACUACCAUGGCAUAUCAGAGACUCUGUUUCCCUGUAUGAGACCAUGACAGUGGCUUUCAAUGCUCUGACAGAGCUCCCUGUGGAGCUGCCCCUGCGUCUGCCACACUUGAGCUUCCUUGACCUGAGCCACAACCAGCUGGAAUCUCUGCCAGAGAGUUUUGGCCUUUUGUUCCAUUUGAAGGAGAUUUUUCUGCAGCACAACAGACUCCUAACACUGCCUGAGAGCUUUGUUCAUCUUGUCAAACUGGAGAAAGCAGAUAUAUCCCAUAAUCGUCUACGACAGCUGCCUGAUAAAAUUGGGACCAUGGAAAGCCUUGCUCGGUUAAACUUGAUUCACAAUAAAUUAAAAGAGCUCCCUUUGUCAUUUGGGUCUCCCUCCUCUCGUGUUUGCCUUCUACUUGUCCAUCAGAACCGUCUGGAAAGUCCCCCUCAAGCAGUUUGUGAUGAAGGCUCAGCUUCUACCCUGGAGUAUGUGAAAAAACAGUACUGCACAAACUGUGAAGAGUUCCCUAAACUACCCAGCAUUUCACUGAACCAGUUUCCUCGCUGCUGCAGCAAUAAGUCAGAGCCGUCCGUCAACAACCCUCACUCCGCCCAGAUCCAAUACAUUCAGGAGCAGACAAAUACUUCUCACACAACCAACAGGAUUAAGGCCCCAUUGUUACCGCCCCUGGAGGCUUCUUUGCUUACACCAUUCCAGUUGCAAGAUGCUGUCAUAGGUUUAAUAUACGGGGCCGCCAUAGGUGACGCCAUUGGGGUGUCUUGCCGUUGGAUGUCUGAUGAUGAAGUUGCUUUUCAUUAUGGAAGCGAGGAUGAUUUAAUUUAUUCCAAAAUUGUUCAAGAUGAGCACAGGGUGUUGUGGAGACAAGGGGACUGGACAUCCAACUUUGACCAGUUGAUGCUGGUGUUGGAGUCCCUGGUGAACUGGGCGGGUGUGGUGGAUGAGCUGGAGUUUGCCAGACGUCUACAGACCUGGUCCAGACAUGGUUACAGGGAGCUGGGGGACACGGCCGGCGUGAUGACCAGUGACACACUGAUAAAGGUUGUUUCCCAUGACAACUUCACCACUGACCCUCACGGUGUGUCCAGGACAAUCCUACAAGAAAAUCAAAUCACAGAAAAUGGCACAUCAUCAAAAGCUGACACGCCAAUUCUUCCGCCAUCACCCUUGCCAAGAUUAUCAUCAUCAUCCUCAUCUUUGUCCCAGCUGUGCUUACAAAACCACUCUGAUGUUGCACAGAGGCUUGUCUACAUUGCACCCUGUGAGAAGUUUGGAGAAGAUAAUGGAGCUGUUGUCAGGACAGCAAUACUUGGAAUACCAAAUUUCCAUGAGCUAUCUGAGGUGGAGGGGAAUGCUAUCAGAAUCUGUAGGACAACUCACUCUGAUGCAAAGUGUGUUGCUAGCUGUGUGUUUGUCUCCCUUCUUGUGGCUCUCUUGUUACAGGGCAAGUUGAUAGAUGUUGAAAAUAAAAUGAAAGUCUCUGAUGAAUAUUUAAAUCUAGCUUUCUCUAUGGCUGCAAUUCAUUUACCAAAUGAGAACGAUAAAAAGGAAUUUCUUGAGCUGAAAAAUACUGCUUCAUUUUCUAGUUUAAACGCUAAAGAUUCUCAAUGUAUGAGUCACACGUAUAAGCCAUUACAAGCAGCCCUGCUAGCUCUACAUUGGAAAGAAGACUUUAGGUCUUUCAUUACCAGUCUAUCAAAGCUGGCUGGAGACAGUAGCAGCAACGCAUGUGUUGCUGGAGCUAUUUUAGGCUGUCGAGUGGGCUACGGACAUCUCCCCCAGGUGUGGGUGGAAGGCCUGCGCAGGCAACAAGUCCAGUGGUUAAACACAAAAAUCAAUCACCUUCUAGACAUCAUGGGCUCACCAUAACAAAAGAUCAUCUUCUAUACAUCAUGGGCUCACCAUAACAAAAGAUCAUCUUCUAGACAUCAUGGGCUCACCAUAACAAAAGAUCAUCUUCUAGACAUCAUGGGCUCACCAUAACAAAAGAUCAUCUUCUAGACAUCAUGGGCUCACCAUAACAAAAGAUCAUCUUCUAGACAUCAUGGGCUCACCAUAACAAAAGAUCAUCUUCUAGACAUCAUGGGCUCACCAUAACAAAAGAUCAUCUUCUAGACAUCAUGGGCUCACCAUAACAAAAGAUCAUCUUCUACUUAUCUUCUAAACAUCAUGGGUUCUCUGUAACAUUGGUUAUUUUUGUUUCCUGGUUGAUACUGCAAAUUAAAUGCCUGUUGUCUUUUAAAGAUCUUCCAUUUUCUAAAAAUAUUGGACAUAAUUUUUUUUAAGAGUUAUAAAAAAAAUUGUAAUGCAAAGUUACUUUUUUAAAAAAAAAUCCUUUAUGAAGUAUUUUUCGUAGAAGAAUUAAAAUGGUCAGUCUUACUAUGCUUUAUACAAAAAUAUAACACAAAUAUUAAUUUUACAUUAAUUUCUGAUUACAGUUUAAGAGAGAUUAAAAUAAAUUAUAUCAAUAACUAAAAUAGGAAAUUACACUAUAGAAGACAUUUUAAAAAAUAGAAAACAUAUUUUAGGUAAUCAUAUUGUUUUACAGAGACAUAUCGAGAACUUGAUUUUUUUUGUAUGCAGGUAAAUUUAUGAAUACUCUAGAAUAAAACCAUGAAAACUUAAAAAGUGCUAAAUUUACAAACUAGAUGUUUUAUUUUUUAUUUUAAUGCUAACACAAGUUGUGCUGUUUACUUUUUAUAUAAUUAUAUCUUUAAUGUAAACUGUAUAAUAGAAAACUUCACUUUUAUAAACAGCUCAAAAAUAGUGACAGUAAGAAUAAAUGUAAAUGAUACAUACAUUUAUUUUAUUUACUUAGGGUUGUGUCUUAAUGUGUAAAUGAAAUGUAUAUAGGAAAAAAAAACGUAAUGUAUUUUAGAGUUGUUAUUUAGACAGCUGAGUUAGUGCUGAUCAUUAAAGUAGUUAAGUUAAAUGUAGUUGAUUAGUUAAUUUUUUUUUUAAUUUAAGUAUACUCUACAUUGUUGUUUUAUCAGUGCAAUUCUAAUAAUUAUUUUAAAUAACUUACAUAUUGUUAUAAGCCCAUUAGGAUAUCAUUUGUUAAAAUUUAGUUUACAAAAUAAAAUUUUGAAUAAUUAAACUGCAUAAUAGUAUUUAACAGAAAUAUUUUAUUUAUGUUAAUUUUAAGAAGAAUUGAUAUUACUGCUUAUUAGCCUUACAUUGUAGUAAAGGUUUAUCUGCAUAUCAGUAUAACAAAAAUGAAUACUUGUCAUUGAUGAAUGCAAGCAAUGUUCCACAUCUUGAUAAAAGCAACAUAUUGGGGUUUUAUUAACCAUUCAGCAUAUACUAUUGCUUUUAUUUACAUAUGAUAAAUUUUUUUUGGAAAUGAGUUAUAAAUGUUUAUUAAUUUUAAAACAGUUUUGCCAAAGCAACUUAAUCAAACAUAAAAAUUGCUCAUAAUAUUUUAUAAUUUCACCACCCCUUCAUUUAUUUGCUUAAAAAAUUGUCACAAGAUGUUAUUGUAUUUUACUUUACCAUACAUUUAUCAUCCAUUAAGAUUGUGAUUUGUUAAAGAUGCUAAUAAGACUAACAUUUAUUUAUUACUAUAGUGAUGUAAAUUUAGAGUAAACAAUACUCUAAUGAAGCUGUGAUAUGAUAUAUUAAUGGAUAUGUUAUCCUAAAAAUGUAUUUUAUUCAUUUUUCUCCAUGACGUAAUAUAUUAUUAUAAAAUUUUAAAAAUUAUCAUUCAAAGGGAAUAAAACAUUGCAAAUUUGA